CUCUCCCUACAGAUAGACAAGACCUUAAUGGGUAGCCUCGCCUCAUCAUCAUAUGCUGACUAGGACGUUUGGCAGAACACGUGCUACAGCUGGAUCCUAAAGUGCUUUAUCUGAAUGCAGCAUAGCCAACAUCUAGAGGGGGCAGUGGAAGGGCUGAUUGUGGGUGCCCCCUGGAAUUCACACAUGCAAGCUCAGGGUAGCUUCAGGGCCAUUUACAACUUGGUCAGUAAGCCCUAAAGAUCGCACACUCAGUAAAAGGGAAGCAACGCCAUAUAUUGAUGUAUAUACUGAAUUAUUAAGCUGUGUUUUGGACAAGAGUCAAACCUUGAAAAAGUUCCUUACUGAGUGGACGAAAACGUACAUCAGCUUUUACUGCCUGGAGGGGAACCUUAUGUUAUAAAGACACAAAGGAGUAUCUCGGCACUAACCCAGACGAGGCCCGCCUGUCUCCAACAACCCUUGGAGGAGAUAGAAAAAAAUACUAAUGAUGAAAAAAAAAUUGAAGGCUCAUUAGACGGUGGAACAAGAUAUUCCACAUUGCACAGAUGUAAGAAAGUGAAAAUCAUGGACAGUAUAUCCCAACCUCAGCUUCUAUUGGGUGUCAGCUUUCUGAAUGUUGCUCAUACCUAUAUCCCAAACACUAAAGUGGAGUGUCAUUAUACCAUCCCUUUUGGCAUAAAGAGUUCUACCAGAGACUGGAUAGGAAUCUUUAAAGUGGACACUCCAUCCAUACGGGAUUAUGAAACAUUCGUCUGGGCUGUGCCCCCUGAAAGCUCUGGAGAAAGAUCAGCAUCUCAUUGCAGUGUCCAAUUCCAAGCCUAUUAUCUGCCACGCCCUGGAGAGCAGAAAUACUGCUUUCGUUAUGUGGAUCAGCAUGGCAGUAUGAGAGGAUGUAGUGAACCUUUUGUGUUUGGAGAACCACGGCCUAUGGAAGAACUGGUUACCUUGGAAGAUGAAGAUUCCUGUCUGGAUAUGCUCUUAGUUGUCCCAAAGGCCACUUUCCUUCAGAAUCAGCUGGAGGUGGCCCAAAAGGAGAGAAAUGAUCUUAUGAGGGCGAAGCUUGCUUUAGAGGAGGAAGCGAUUUCAAACGACAAAAGAAUCAACCAUCUUGAAGCUGCAUUGGAGACUUCAGAAAAGACAUGUUUCUCUUUGAAACAGCAGUAUGAGGAUCUUGUGAUGAGAGAGCAAAUUGCAAUAGAAGAACAAAACCUCCUCAGCUGUCAGGAGGUGGAGUUACGUGAACGGAUUUUGAAGUUUGAGGUUGAAAUUAAGAGUAUGAAUAAGAAGAUGGAGGAGAGGGAAAGGGAGCUUAAAGGUACAGUUGCAGUAAAGUUAUCUUUAGAGACCGAAAAGGGGGAAUUAAAGCAACGUCUUGCAGAGACAACAGUGGAAAUUGAGCGCUACCAGCUACAAGUGGACACACUACGAGAAAAGCUACGUAGCACUCAGGAUAUGCUUUCUUCAAGCCAGCAGAAAGUGCUGCUGAUGGGGGAGGAGCUGGCAGCAAUGUCUUCGAUUCGAGAUCGCACUAUAUCUGAUCUGCACAAAAGUCGUCUUGAAACAGCCGACCUUGCUAUUAAGGUGUCUGAUUUGAGCCUGAAGUAUAAGGAUGGGAUGGGGCAGUGGUGGCAAGAGAAGACCGCCUUAAAUCACAGCAUGGAGGCCAAGAGGGAUCAGAUUGUGAAUCUGAAAGCAGAAAAACUAAGCCUGGAAAGCAGUCUGCAGGAGGAGAAAAGUCAGAGGCAAACAUUGCAGUGCAAACUUAACCAGGAAUCAGAUGCCAGACAGGUACAGUUAUCCGAGAACAGACGAGAGCUGAGUGAAUUGAAAUCUGCCCUAAAAGUUGCACAGAUGGAGAAGGAGCAACUGAGAGAGGAAAGGCAGGAAAUGCUCCAGUAUGUUCAUAGGCUGGAAGAACGGCUAGACAAGCUGGCUGAUGAGAAAUGGAAAGAAGAAGAGAUACUUAUGGAAGAAACAACAGCAGACCUAAGUCCUCCUACUUCACCAGUGGAUCUUUCUGAUUCAGAUGAUGAAUCUUCAGGGGAUGAGAGAGAAUCUCAGAAGCUUGGAGCAUGUUCCUUUGAUAAAGAGGACAUCUCCUUGGACAUACCGUUGUUUCCAUGUGAGCCUCAGAAGGUGGUGAUAAACCAACCUGCACCGAUUGCUUGUCAACUGCAGCCUCUCCCUGAGGACAAUGUUGAUUCAUGGUAAAAGAGAGGAUGGAAUCCGUGGAAGUAAAUGGAAAGAAGACAUGUUAUGCAAAUAGUGCUGCUCCCCAUGGUGCCAGGGACUGGGGCACUGCAGGAACCCGGGUGCUUAGGAGCCCUCACUGCCUUCUCACACUUAUAUGGCAACAGACACUCACAAGCCUCGGACACCUCAGUCAUGCAAUGAGUAGUCUCUUGUAAGCUUUAAUCAUUACUUUUAUCAGCCCUACUGUAUAGCAGUAUAUUAUAUGGUCUGAAUAUAUUUUAUCUGCCUUUUAGUAUGCAUUCUCAUGGCAUUCAUUAUAUAUAUGAUUUGCUAAUUCCUUGCCUCACAUUUUCUUAUCACUUUACACUAUUAAUGUAAGAAAGAACACAUUCAUAUUCACCAGAUACGUUUUUCUUAGGUUUAGUUCACUGACUACUUUACAUAAUUUAUAAGGGAAGCCUUUAAUGGCCAAUGCAAGCAUAGGAGAACCAUUAAUCUACGCCAAGAACUAGCGACCGCCAUACUUACAGGCACAGGCUUGAAAAAUAUUACAUUAGAUCAAGUGCCCAGAGGGCCUUCAGGGAUUAAGGAAAAAUAGCACCGCUCAUUUUAUUUCUGUUGUUUUUCUAAUAUUUAGAUCUUACAGUUAACAAUAUUUUAGUUUUAAAAGAAGAUAUCACUGAGUAAAGAAAAACAAUGACUCUAAUUUGUCAUCUUUAUGCCUCAGAUGCCCAGAUUGUCAUAAAUGUACAUGAAAGGCACAAAUAUUCACACAUCAACUGCACUUAUUGUCCCAAUUUAAAUGUUUGGGGGAAACAAGUCAAAUUGCCCCUUGAUUUUGCACCUAAUCCUUUUUGGGGACACAAGGGUGCCUCGUGGGUUGCCUAGACUGGAUAGGUGGGCCAGAGCAAUAACAAUAUUAUGAGAGAAUAUAACAAUUUCCACAGUUGCCACAAUUUGUGUGCACUUUGUAACUUGUGCACAUGUGAACAGAAAAAGCACAUCCCAUAGUGGCUCCCUUCUGUCUGGCCCGGACUGUCAUCUGUGGGUUCUGGCAAGAGGGGCUUCUGUAAGACGCCACAGAGGUUUGGGCCUCUGUGUACUUGAAAUGCCAGGGCCCAUUUUGAAUCCCUGUCUGGGCCUGCCUGCUGUGGUUCUCCAGCAACUUCUACAUCCUCUACAGUGUUUAAGGUGAUCCAGUGCGAGGGAGAAAUGGGAAACUCAGAGGGUUUUUUACAUGGAUAUGACAUUUGGUUUGCAUUAUAACAGUUAAGCAGCAAGCACUGUACAGUUUUACAGCAAAAAUGUAUGGUUAUUUUGCUUUUGCUGCUGUUUUAUCUAUAUAUUUGUUUACAGGUGAAUGUUUGUUUUUUGUUUUUUUUUUCAAACACUAAACUACCCCAAGUGACCACCGCUAUGGUUAUAUCACUUAUCCAUUUAUGAUACAAUACUUUAUUAAAUGAAACUCUAAUAACAUUGCCUCUGGAGGUAUUUUUACACUCAGCCUAUGUAAUAAAUUGGAUGAAAAGCUGCCAGUAAGUGAAUUUUGUCUUUUAGUAUCAAAGUCUGGCAAUGCUGCAGAGCUGAGCACAACACAGGCGAGACAGUGUAACAAAUAUGAUGGAUUGCAAAUGAACGCUUAUCUUCACACGUUUAAUUGCAGGCGGUGCAUCAGAAUCAUUUCAUCCUUCGUUAGGAUAUUCUGUUUUCCUCCAGUACAGCACUGCACUUUCAUUCUCUCCUCACAUAACAUAUAUUGUCCUGCUCCAGAUAUGCAAUCUAUCCCAUGCUCCAUCACUGCCCCAUACCACAUAUAAAUCAAGGCCAGAGACAUAACAAUAUUACUACAUGCAAUAUCUUUUCAUUCUGUGCUUUCAGACAUUUUACAAGCUAAUGUACUUAGUGAGACAUUUUGCAAGUGCUAGAGGUACUUAGUAUUUGGCCUUUUGCUCUAUAGCACACCCAGGGCAUUUGUCACCAUUUUUUUAAUGCAGGAUUGACAUUUGUAAUUGAAGCUGUUCAAGAAACCAACAAGCCUGCAAAUAGGCUAAUACUAACAUGUGGAUUUUAAUACUUUCUUGACCUGUUAAGCCCUUUAAAUAGGCUGUUAGUCGCCUUAAAAUGUUCACCUAAUUCUUUACUAGAUUUGCUCACUCUUGAUUGGCAUUAUAAAAUGUUAUUUUUUGCCAUUAA